AUGAAGCUGGUCAAAGCCGAGUUAUCUUAUCUUGCGUGCAUCUUCCCCUCACGGAUCAUCGUGGCUAACCCACCCAUCAUGCUCUAUACAAACGCUACGAUUAUCACAGUUGACGACUCCCGUCGCAUCAUCAAAGGCGGGGCAAUUCAGGUCGAGGGGUACAGAAUUGCAGAUGUCGGCAAGACGGCUGCCCUCCAAGAACGCUACCCGGACAACAAGGAAUAUGACCUUUCCGGUCGAAUCAUUAUCCCCGGUCUGAUCUCUACCCAUAUGCAUACUGCGCAAACCCUCCUCCGUGGAACGGCAGACGACCCGGAGUUAGCUUCCUGGCUAUGCGAAAGAACCUGGGUGCUACAGGGCAACUUUACCGAAGCCGAUGGCUAUGCUGCAGCUCGGUUGAGUAUUGGGGAGAUGCUCAAGUCGGGGACCACUUGUUUUCUUGAGAGUAUGUUCGCCGACCGCUACGGCUUUGAUGGACUUUGUCGAGCAGUAGAAGAAAGCGGUAUCCGAGGUUGCUUGGGCAAGAUUGUCAUGGACAUCGCCAACUAUGCAAAGGAUAAUGCCUGGGCCAUGCAUCCUGGUCUAAUCGAAAACCGCGAAACUUCCUUGCUCGGCACUCUCAAGAUGUGGGAGAAGUGGAAUGGGGCAGCCAAUGACCGUAUCCGCAAAGGGAUUCCUGUGACCAUGCAUUGCGCCGAGGUCAAGGCCGACCGCGAUUUCUUCGCCUCGAUAUCUCACACACCUAUGUCAUUCUGCGACUCGGUGGGGCUACUGACCCCGGCCACAGUUCUGGUGCACAUGGUCCAUUUGGAUGAUUCCGAUAUCAAGCGUCUGUCUGCCUCGGGGGGCCAUAUCGCGCAUUGUCCCACAUCCAAGGCGAAGUUGGCCUCGGGAAUUUGCCAAAUGCCAGACCUUCAACGAGCUGGGGUCAACAUUGGUCUGGGAACAGAUGCGGCAAUCAUGCACAAAAGCAUUUCCCAUGAUCCGACUGCAGUUCCAGCCGAGUCUGUUCUGGAGAUGGCAACGAUCAAUGGUGCAAAAGCGCUCGGGCUGCAGGACCGGAUUGGUAGCCUGGGGAUUGGAAAGAAGGCAGAUUUCGUCGCGAUUGAUGUGCGAGGUAUUCAUACUCAGCCCUGGCUUAAUCCAGCCAGCGCGGUUGUCUAUACAGCCACGGGGCGCGAGGUGGAUGUCGUGGUAGUCGAUGGGAAGAUGUUGGUCAAGAAUGCUGAGUUAUUGACAAUGAAUGAGACAGAUGUCAUCGAAGAAGCGAAAGUGAGAAGUCGGCAGGUAUUUGCCAGAGCAGGCCUGGAGAACAAGAUGACAGGCCGAUGGCCAGUAGAAUAA